ACUAAACAGUAAAACACCAAGCCGAAACAUGGUCAAGAAGAAGGCUGCAGCGAAAAAUGCUGUUCCACUACCUCCUGUUGUUAAUCAACAACCUAUUAUCGCUUCAAAUACGCUUCCUAUGGGCUUUGUACCCGUGCCUGCUCCACCAACUGAAGCAUCGGAAGCUAAUAUCGACUUGGGCGAUGAGCAUCUGCACGUAGCCAGAGCUGAUGUGUUAAACGGACAUGCCACACCCAUUUAUGCCGUACCCCAACCUAUAAUAUUACCGCCUGGAGGAACUGUCAAAUCAACUGCUGCUUCUGAACACAUUCUGGCGAGACCUUCAGUUCCAGUUCAACCGACUCCCCCCGCUCAUUCGGUAGUAGGAGUUCCAACGAAUAUUCAAAUAGGAAAGCACCAUCCUUUGGCUAAAUGUCGAGUUCUCUAUUUGGGUUCGGCUGUACCUUUAGAGACAACUAAUGGACUAGAGGCUGUUCAGCAACCUCUAAGGGAAAGAUAUCCUGUUGGUGAAGGUGAAAUGAAGGGAAUUGAUACUUGGCUUACAGUAUUUUCCAGUGGAUUACUAAUGCAAUUUGUCGAAGAUAAAUCAAAUAUUACAUGGUUUCCGAUCCCAACUCUACAUGUAUGUGCAGCUGUUAAGGCUGUUAUAGUAGUUAAUGGAGCGACAGGAGAAAAACAAGCUAAAUUUGUUUCUCUCGAUUCGCAAGGUGUCAACACCGGACAUCCACCUGUCUUUGCAUCAAUUAUGAGAAGAAUGAAGGGCAUAAAAGUUUUAGAAUGCCACGGUUUUAUCACAAAAUCCGAUCAAGCAGCAAUGUCUCUUGUUCAAGCGUGUACUCAUGCUUAUAGCCAUAAAGAAGGCUGGACAACUGAGCUACCUCCUUUAGAUCUUAUGAUGAGACUAGAUAACAAUGGACCAGUUUCACCCAGAUUUAAUACAACCAGACUAAUUAAGGCUGACGAGAUUGAUAGCCGAAAGGAAAAUCCUGAAUUUUACGAACAACCACCAGAACAUGGUUAUUUCUAUGCUAAUGGUGAUAAACUCAUACGAAAUUUCAAUAUAUACAAUGGAGGAAAACCAACAUAUGAUGACGACGACGAUAACAGACAUCGAAGACAGAGAAGUGUUUCACCAGUGAAACAGCGACAUCACAAUUAUGAUCCAAGAUUUGUCAGUCCACCUCCAAGGUAUACUUCUAAACCUAGGGAGGAAUAUCCCGAAGACCGGAGGAGACGUAGACAUGCUCGGGAUGACGGAAGAAGAGAUAAUCGAAGAAGGAGAGAUAAGUCAAGAGAUGAAUUGGAGCAUGGAAGAAGUCAUUCGAGAAAUGCUCAUUAUAGAGACGAUAGAGAUCACAGAGAUGAUAGAGAUGAUCGAACGGAGAAUAGACGACGCAGAAAUCAUUCGAGAGACAGGCUCGAUGAUGUGUCUCCAGAUAGGCAAGUGGAGAAUACAACACGAAGGGAGCGAGAAUACCCAAAAGAGCGAGAUAAUAGGAGAUACCCCGAUGAGAAUAGGGAUCGAAGAAGAAUGGAAUACUCUAGAGAUCCUCCGGAAGACAAAAGAGGAAGGAACCAAAGGCAAUUUGGAAAUAAUCGCUCUGAUUCAAGAGAACGAAGACAUCGUUCAAGAGAUAGAUUAGAAGAUGAGAGAAAUAGGUUUCAGAAUAUGACGGUUGAUGAUGGAAGACAAGCCGACCUUUAUCAGUCUAGAGACAGAAGGAGAAUACCGCCAAAUAGACAGCAGGAUAAUGAAGUGGAAGAUUACUUGAAUGAAGACUUAAAUAGAAAUGAUAGAAGAAGGGAGGACGAGGAUUAUUAUAACGUGGAAAAUCAAAAGCGUCAAGAAGAUGAAGACUAUCUUUCACCAACUAAAAGACAAGAGAAACAUUUUGAAGCACCACGUCCUCCAACUCCUCCAGACAAUGAUAUAUUUCCAAAAGAAGACUAUGACGAUAUUAUAGAACCAGCAAUUCCACUAGCUGAGAGUGCAGAUCAAGGUAGAACAUUCGGGGAUUUGGAUUUGGAGACAACUCUUGGAUAUUUACCAUAAAAUCCAGAGCAUAUCAAUCUCUUUAACUUAAUAUUUAAGAUCAUUUUUCAAGAAAAUCAAAAGGAAAACAUGUAAAAAAAAGGAUAUUUCUUUCUUUUCUUUUUUUAUAAAAUAAUUAUCAAUCAUUCUUAAUUAACAAAUUAUUCAUUCAGU